GAAAACAUAAAGCUUAAAUCCCAUUACAAAUCUCUUUAUGUUUUGGGCGGUGGUGUCAGAAAAAUAUUUUCUCUACACAAAAAAAAAAAAAACUUUUUAGUUUUCCACCAAUAUUUCACUAGCAGAUCUUUGCUUGUGUGUUUUAAUUUGGUGGUGAAAUAAUUAACAAAAAAGAAAAAUUUAAAGGAUGAAGAUUCAGUGUAAUGCAUGUGAGGUAGCAGAGGCAAAAGUAUUGUGUUGUGCUGAUGAAGCAGCACUUUGUUGGUAUUGUGAUGAUAAAGUUCAUGCUGCAAAUAAGCUUGCUAAUAAGCAUCAAAGAGUAGCUCUUUCUGCUUCAUCUUCACCCAUGCCAAAGUGUGAUAUAUGCCAAGAAACUGUUGGCUUUUUCUUUUGCCUUGAGGAUAGGGCUUUGCUGUGCAGAAAAUGCGACAUUUCUAUUCACACGGUCAAUGCUUAUGUCUCAUCUCACCAGAGGUUCUUGCUUACUGGAGUUAAAGUAGGACUUGAACCUCUCGGUCCUUGUGCAUCAGCAUCCUCACGAAAGUCGCAUGAGCAACGAUCUCCUCCAAUUCUCAAGAUUACACCUCCAUCUGAAGGUGUAUUACCUGUCCAUACUAGUGGGAAUGGGAAUUUUGCACCUAGUAGACUUCCAAUCGUUGGAAACAUUCCACAAUGCCAAUUUGAUCAGUAUCUUGGAAUGCCUGAUUUCAAUCAGAAUUACGGAUACAUGGAUUAUGGACAAUCGAAGGCAGGCAACGGAAAGGUUGGAGAAUCAGCUAGUUCUCCGUUCUUAAGAGAUGUUGACGCUGAAGUUGCAGGUGACGAGUGCUUUAGCACCGAGGUGCCAGAUACAUGUUGGGCAGUCCCACAAAUUCCUUCGUCACCAACAGCUUCUGGACUGAACUGGCCGACGAAAAGUAUCCAGAAUCCGUUUGAUGCUGCAUUGUUGGAAUCUGAUGCUAGUUACUUCCCUUUGCAGAACAUUCAAGAUCAACAAUCAAAUGGUUCCGGUACCAAAAGGAGUAGGCGUUUCUAGCAUAUCCUCCUUAAGUUUCGUAAGUUAGGUAGUGAAUAAAGUGUUUCAUGCACUUUUGUUAGAUUUAGAUAUUACCGGCAAGUGUUAUUUUACGUCUAAUCCCCUUUUUAAGUUGUCUUCCGCGGUGCUAUAGACGAUAUCCUGAUAACUGCUCCCAGUGGUCGUGCAAAGAGUUGGCAUACACAAGACACCAGUGGGCUUUUCGGGGUAACUGGAAACCAGCACAACAUCUUUAUACUCCUCUCUGAUUGACGCCGGUGGUUGCUCAGACUUCAAGGUACAAACAAAGUGGAGGUACUGUCUGGUUUUUUCGAUCACGUGAACGUUGGAGUUGGUCCAGUUUUUUAAUACCUGUUAUAUAGCUAAAUAAGUUUAUGAUAUCGUUCAAAUGUUACAAGUUUUGUAUCUGGAUAGUUUAUAGCUCCAUAGUUCAUGUUCACGUUCGAUGUAACAGAAUAAUGCAACGGAUAAAGCUGUGUGUGUCUAGUUGUAUAUAAAUAACAGACACUAACCUGCUUACGAAUCAUUAUACCUGUUCUGCUUC